GAGGAGUGAAAGAUUUCUAGUUUUCUUGGUGACUAGGUUAUAUCAAUUACUAAGAGAGGGAACACAUACAGAAACAAGUCAUAUGGAAAGACAGGUUACUGAUCUAGUAAGUGGGUGUUUGAAGCCCCAGCAGGAUGUCCACAUGGAAAGCUUAAGACCCAAGGGGAGGUCUGGUCCAGAGGUUGGAUGGAAAGAUUGGGGUUGGAAACCCAGAUUUGGGAGUCACAAGCAUAAGGUAGUUAAUGCCAUGGAAAGAGAUGGGCUGACUUGCAACUUUGUAAUGCCCUCUACAAAAUGAUAAGUAUUGCUGAAAGAUGGUAUAAUACGCUGGGAAACACCAGCGUUUAAGGGCCAUACAGGGCAAAUCAAGAAUGGAAAGAAGCUGACAAUGAGAAGCCAGAGAGUUUGGAAGACCCACCUAGUGGUGAGAUGCAAUCCAAGAGGAAUUUCAUCAAAGGUAGUUUUCAGAGCCCAUUGUAAUGAGGUCGAGCAGGAGAGGAUUUAGUUUGUGACUUGGUAAGUCCACCGCCCAUAGAGGUCUUCCAUGGUGACUGCGGGAAGCAACCAGACUGAGAGUAAUUUUCAUUUUGAAGAGGAGAUGCGUGAGGUCGGGAAGAAAUCCUGGCGUCUCUGGGCGAUGGCUAAGGUGAAGUGGCAGUGAAAAAACAAAUUCUUAUCUCUUGUAUGCCUUUAAUAAAUGCUUAUUGAAUGUUGAAAGUUUGGUUGGGACCACUGGUACAGGACUUGCCUCUUCUCAGGGUUCCUCCGGAAGGAGCCUAAAGCAGCCCCCGCUUGGCUACCAGCGCUCCCCGCCUCCCGCCUCAGUGCCGAGGGGGGAGGCAGGAGCCCGGCGCAGCCGUCAGGUGGCGCAGGCCCUGUGCUCUACCGCAAGACUUGGGGCGGAGCCAACCGCGGGGCGGGCCCUGAAGCAGCUUCCGGCUUCCGGCGGAGUCCACGGUCGUCCCGCGCAGCCGUCAUGGCGGCCGAGGAGAAGGACCCCUUGAGCUAUUUCGCGGCUUACGGCAGCAGCAGCUCAGGUUCGUCGGGCGAGGAGGAUAAUAGCGAGCCGGAGGAAACAAAUCGCAGGACCCCAGAUCCUGCGAAGUCGGCGGGCGGCUGUGGGAACAAGGCGGAGAAGCGGCUGCCGGGACCCGACGAACUGUUUCGGAGCGUGAGUCGCCCGGCCUUUCUCUACAAUCCGCUCAACAAACAGAUAGACUGGGAGAGGCACGUCGUCAAGGCGCCUGAGGAGCCUCCAAAAGAAUUCAAAAUAUGGAAGUCAAACUAUGUACCACCUCCGGAGACCUACACUACUGAGAAGAAACCUCCCCCUCCAGAGCUGGAUAUGGCAAUAAAAUGGUCUAACAUAUAUGAGGACAAUGGUGAUGAUGCCCCACAGAAUGCUAAGAAAGCUAGGCUUCUACCGGAAGGGGAGGAGACAGUGGAAUCAGAUGAUGAAAAAGAUGAGCAUACUUCUAAAAAGCGCAAAGUAGAACCAGGAGAACCAACAAAGAAGAAAAAGUAGAAAACAACAAAUGACAAGAAUUUCUGGACUGCGAAACUCGUUGAAACGAUUUUUUGGGGCAGAUUAAGUUGACAAUUUAAAUUAUUAUGAAACAACAUCUCCAUGAAAGUACAUGCUAAUUAACUAAUAAUAAGUAUUGCUGUGGGAACUUUCCACUGUAGAAUUCAUUUUUUAUUUAAAACUUUAUUUAAAACUCAAGUGGUGAUUUGUGAUUGUGAAAUUGACAACACAUGGAAGCAUUCUUGCUAUCACAGAAUUGGUGACAUGCUUUGAGAGUUUUGUCACAUGUCCACAUGCCAGUGUUCUAUGAACCUUUUAUAAAGGAAUAUAUUUUUAAAGUAAAUAUAUUGUACUGUGAACUUGUAGGGUGCUUUUCAACAGUGUUUGUACAGUGUAAAUAGAUCAUGGAAAUAAAAUUACUUAUUCAGUAUUACUAUUAUUGCAUAACAUUAGCAUUUGAAUAUUUGUGACAAGGAACCUUUUUGCCAUGUGAUGUUUUAAUAGUAAGUAUUACCAUCUAGGAGUGCCUCCUGUGUUCCAGGUGCUUUGUGGAUACUUUUUCUCUGAUCCUCAAACAGCCUGGUAAAGCAGUUACUAGUGGCUUCAUUUUAUAAUAAGAGAUUAACUUACCCAAGGUUCCACAGCGAGUGAGCAGUGAUUUGGGGACUUAACUAAGGAUACUUGAACUCCAAAAUCAUCACCCUGAACCACCUGCCCACCAAACUUUGUUUAUCUUCUAGGGACUGCAGUGGUCAUGUCUUCAGGUGCUCUCUGUGGUAAGCAGGGGGAUCUCCUUACCUGAUUAUAUCACUGCACUUUAUCAUGUAAGCCUUAUGUGAUGGUAUUCUUUAAUUUUCCCUGGUAAAUAGUUUGCUGAAGAUAAGGAUUCUGUAUAAAGAAUUGGCAGAGGUAGCAAAUAAAAAUACAGGACACCCAGUUAAAUUUGAAUUUUAGAUAGACAACAAAUAAUGUUUUGUAUGUGCAAUAUUUGGGACAUACACUAAAAAUGUGUUUAUCUGAGACUCAGAUUUAACUGAGCUUCUUGUGUUUUAUCUGACAACACUACUUCUAUUGUGUUUUUGUACAUGGCUCCUAUUUUAAUGCUUUGCAUUUAGUAAUAAAAUCAGCAAGGGGUAGUGAGGAAAGUAAUCAUCUUUGAUUUUACUUCUGUAGUCCAAAAUGCAGUGCAGUUGCAGUUAUUUGUAGCAUUUUGAAAUAUAAAAAGGAGAGGCUAGACAUUGUAUCAGUCGUUCCAUGAAUCUUAAUACCUUUCAGGGACAAGAGUUAAUUAUAGGACACUGCACCUUUAGUGUUUACGAAGACGUUGGCCUUUGAGUUUUUUAAAAAAAUCCUCAGUCUAGUUGUUUGUCUUCAGUACUGGAAACCAGUACUUGAAAAACUAUAAAAUUUGUUUAAUUGGGGACAUGGAUCAAGUAGAUUAAAAUUUGUAAAGGGCAUAAAAGUGAUGAUGCUAGCCAUGGUGUUUUGUGGGAUGAGGAAGGAAUAUAACAGUAUGAUAGCUUCCAGUACAUCUCAGACUUAAAAAGAUUAAUUCUGUAGCUGUGCAUCCUCUGUUUAUAGAUAUGAUUCCCAAAGUGGAAGUAAUUGGUAAAACAAACUUUUUGUUUAAAGCCUUUGUAUAUGAAUAAUUUCGAGGGCUGUAGUAUCAUAUUAGGGAGUGGCAUCAAGUGAUAAAGCAUGACUCCAUGGUGACACCAAACUACAAUGAAAUUAUAAUUUUGAGUCUGUGAUUCCCAAAUCUAGAGAAAUAAGUUGUCUGGAUACAUGUAUUGGAGGAGCAGAUAUCUCAAGAAGUUACUGAAAUAUUACAAGAUUUAAAAAUUAGCAUGAAGGCAAACCUCAUACAAAAAAACAAAACCCAGCAAGCCACUGUCGGGAAAUCUAACCUCUUUUUAUCACCCAUUAGUUCAACUUCCAACUUAGAUCAGUAAGUUUAUGACAGAACAAAAGCUCACUAGAUCAGUCUCUAGUGAUGCUUUGAGCCCCCUUCUAGAAGAUAACAGAAUGGGGGUGGUGGGGAGGAAUAAAUACUGCUUUUUUGGAAGGGGGAUUGAUAGUUGAGGACAGUUCGUGGCUACACUUGUGAGCUCAUGCCCCUGCUGGGAGAUGGAUGGCUAUUUGAGCAGUUCUAAUGUAGGAAGGGGAAGAGAUACUUUAGGAAGAAGGAGGCUAAAUAUUUUGGAGCAGUCUGAUUCUGCCAUUUGUAUCUCAUUGGGUUUCUUUUCAAAAUAUGGCCAAAAAACAGAAGGGGAAAGGGACCUCUAUCCAAGUUGUUUCUUUUUUGACAGUCAGAUCACUUGAUAUUUGACUCUUUCCUCAUCUUUAAAGAAGUUAAGCCAUAUCAGGCGUAAAUGACUUUCUUUUGUGCAAGGAUAAAAUUUGAGACGAACUAAGCAUCUGUGGGCCAUAUUUUAAAAAAAAAAAAAAGCUUAAAAACCUAAGUAAGUAGCUUUAAGGAGUUUUGUGGAAAACAUUUUAACUGGAAUCAAAGAACAUUACUGAGAAAAUUGACACUGAUUUUUAGCCAUUAAAAUACUCAUAUUACCUGGACUACUUUCUAGUCUAAAUCCUUGUGUAGGUGCUAAAUGCCGUGUAGUGCUUUUGAGUUCACAAAAUUCAAUCACAUAGUUUCCAAAAACCUAAUGAGGUAGGCUUUAUCAUUUCCAAAUUAAAGAAAUGGAAAACAGUCUCAGCCAGAUAAACAAUAUACCCACAAAUAUAUGAGUUAGCUUCAGAGCUCAGGCUAGAAUCUAAUCCCAUUCCAUAUAAAGUUUAUGGAGUACGUAUUGGUGCAAAGCACUGUGUUAGGAAAAAAGGACCCAUCUUUAUUUUAGCAAAGUCACAUUGGUAGCCAUAAGGAGAAAGGACAUGAAAGGACCAAGUCAGAAAGACCAGUUGCAGUAGUUUCGUAGAGCAGGUAAGUAUCUGCAUGAACUAAGGCAUUGGAGAGGGGACAGGGACAUGAAAACCAAUAGUCCUUAGUUGGAUAUAAUGGCUGAGAGUGAGGUUUUCUUUUGUUGCAAAAUAUAUAUAUAUAUUAUAUAUAUAAUAUAUAUAUAUAAUUAAAAUGUAAAUGGCCUAAUGCAGGUUUGGACAUGACCUGCAUAUAAAACAUGUUGCCACACCAUUUAGACACACAGCCCUACUAGAGAUAUUUUUAAAAUGUAAUUGUUUUUACAGGUAUCUGCAUGAACUCAACAACUUCGAAUAAGUCAAAUUUCUGACUAAUUAAAACCGCAGCUGGACUUUAGUGUCAUUGGUGGUAUUUCAGAUUUUAGCCUUUUGUGUCCAUAUGGAACUGCUUCCCUAGUUCACUUAGUACAGAAGUUCCAGACAUUCUUACAAAAAAGAUGUUAAAUUCCCAGCAAGUGUUUUGGACUUGUCAUUAUAUUCUAAAGCUUUCUGUCUUCCCUUUACAUAGUUUUCCCAAUUUAAAGCAUUGCAUUGCAUUGUAAUGCAAAAUAAAUAAAAGGUACCAAGAAGCAUUUGUAUGUACAGUCCACAGAGGAGGGCCUCUGCCUGUUUUCUUCAUUGACUAGAAUCAUGCCUGGCACAUAAAAGGUACUCAAUAGAACUGAUUGUUGAUGGUGAACUGAAUUUUUCACCUCUGGUUUGGGAGUGAUUCUCCAGAGGCUUGUGUUUUCAGUUAUAUGGGCCAAUAAAUCUUGACAGUUUAAACCA